AUGUCAGUAAUUGGAAUAACAUUUGGUAACACUACAUCAUCAAUAGCAGUUGCAACCCCAGAUGGUAAAGUAGAUGUAAUUGCAAAUCCCGAUGGUGAUCGUUCAAUUCCAUCAGCUUUAUCAUAUGUUGGAACAGAUGAAUAUCAUGGAUCUCAAGCAGAAUCAAGGUUGAUUAGAAAUCCAGAAAAUACUAUAGUUAAUUUCAGAGAUUUUAUUGGUAAAAAAUUCAAUGAUAUCAAGAAUGACUUUUCAUAUGGUUCAAAACCAAAAGAAGUAAAUGGUGAAAUUUGUUAUGAGAUUAAAAACGAUGGUAAAACUGAAAUAUUAAGUGUCAAUGAAGUCACUAAGAGACACUUUAAGCAAUUGAAAUUAGCAGCUGAAGAUUAUAUUGGUAAAUCAAUUGAAAAUGUAGUAUUAGCCGUACCAACUGAUUUUAAUGAUGUUCAAAAACAAGAAAUCACCAAGAUUUCAAAAGAUGCAGGAUUAAAUAUUUUACAAUUUAUUAAUGAACCAUCAGCUGCUUUAUUAGAUCAUUUAAGUGCAGAAGAAAAUAGAUUAAGUGAAGAUAAAAUUUACGUUGUAGCAGACUUUGGAGGUAUUAGAUCAGAUGCAGCAGUUAUAGCAGUAAGAGGUGGUGUUUUAACCAUUUUAGCUACAUCACACGAGUAUGGAUUAGGUGGUGAUAAUUUAGAUCAAUCAUUAUCUGAAUUUUUCGCAAAAGAAUUUGAAAAAAAAAAUAAAAUCGAUCCAAGAACAAAUCAAAAAUCUUUAUCAAAAUUAAAAGCUGAAUCAAUAGUUGUUAAAAAGACUUUAUCAAAUGUUCAGACUUCCACUUGCUCAAUUGAAUCAUUAGCUGAAGGUAUUGAUUUCCAUACCUCCAUCAAUAGAUUAAGAUAUGAAUUAACUGCAAGAGAUGCAUUAUCCAAAAUGACAGGAUUUGUUGAAAAAGUAAUCACAAAAGCAGGGUUGGAACCAUUAGACAUUGAUGAAGUUUUAUUAGUUGGUGGAUCAUCACAUACUCCAAAAUUAGCUUCAAACAUUUCAUAUUUAUUCCCAAAAACUACCAAUAUCAUAGCUCCAUCAACUGACUCCAAGGCAUUAAAUCCAUCAGAAUUAGUUGCUCGUGGGGCAGCAUUACAAGCUUCAUUAAUUGAACAAUUUGAUGAAUCAGAAAUCAAUGAAUCAUUACAACCAAUUGUUGUAAACACUCAGCAUUUAUCAAAAUCAAUUGGUAUAAAAGACGCAGAAGGUAAAUUCCAACCAAUUUUAGUUGCUGAAACUGCUUAUCCAAUCAAAAAAUCAAUUGAAGUAACUAACGGUGAUUCAUCAUCAGUAUUAAUUCAAUUAUAUGAAGGUAUAAGAAAAAUCAAAGAAACAGUUAUUGAAGUAGAAAAAGAUGAAGAUGAUUCAGAAGAAGAAGAUUCAGAUGAAGAACCAGAAAUUGAAAGAGAAGCAGUCUAUGAAGCUGGCGAUUUAUUAGCUGAAUUUUCAUUGAAAGAUUUAAAACCAAAUUCAAAAUUAGAAGUCACUGUAAAUAUAACUCAAAACGGAGUCUUACAUGUUUCUGGAAGAGAAUUAAAACAAGGGUCCAUUGCUGUUAAAGGGGAAGUAUCAUCACAAUAA